AUGUCAGGUAGAAAGGUGAUGGUUCAGCCCAUCAACAUCAUCUUCAAUCAUUUACAAAAGCACACACGAACGACUAUUUGGUUAUUCGAUAACAACAGUUUUAGGAUUGAGGCUUAUAUCAUUGGUUUCGACGAAUUCAUGAAUCUCGUUCUCGAUGAUGCCGAGGAAGUAUACGAUUGCGCGACCAAACCAGGUCAAGAACCAAAACCACGUAGGGAUUUGGGUCGAAUCCUCUUGAAAGGAGAUAAUAUAACGCUCAUUCAACCUACCCAAGGAUAA